AUGCUUCAACACUUUCUCCGUCCUGAGGUGUUGGGAACCACCGGGAAGGACGAAGAAAAUGGAACGAAGGACCACCAACCCGGCCAGCAAAGGCCGACGACUUCCAGGCUUGACUCACAGUCGCUAACAGCCACCGACACUGUAAGUGAGAGACCCAAGACAGCGGAACCACUGGACCUUGUUUCAAUUAGUGCCACCUACAAGGAGACGGCUGUUCUCUUUCCUGAUGCCCACCAGGCGGCAUUCGAACCAAAGGUGCAAGUGCCUUUUGAGUUCCAGCGGGGGCGUAUCCCACGUGAGAUUGAAAUAGAGCGCCGCCGCCGACUAUACGAAUCGAAAGAUGUAAGCCGCCUUGUUCAGGUUGCAGGGUUAACGCUGAAACUUUUAGCCCACAAAAGUAGCCAGGAGCUACCCCUGCAGGUAUUCGACGAUACGUCGUACGAUAGUAGAAUCCCAGCCGAGUGGAUGGAAAUUGCAGCGCAGAAUGAGAACCCCGCUGGUCGCUACCUUCCCGCCGAAGGAAUAUACGAAUUCAUGAACUCCGAUUUCCGCAUGCGGCCCUGCCGUGUUAUCGGUUGGGACGUUGCCAGGAAUGAGGUGAAGUUACUCUGGGGCGCCAAACCUGUACCGGACGAAACGCCCGUUGUUGUGCCACGUUUCCACGUGCGCCUACUGGCGGAGGACCCCGUUGUGUAUGUGGAACGCCUCGUGAAUGCCCAAAAGCAGCGUGUGAAGGCUAUGGCUUGGAUUCGCUACCGUUUGUGCUGUGACGCGAUGCCUACGGAUGGUCUACCCGGGCUAGAUUCCAAUCUCAGUGAUCGGCUUCUACGUCUUGGCACUGGAAUUCCAAACUUAAACAAAGCUGUUUUCCCUGAUGUCGAUGAGCGUGCCCAGCGCCUCAUAGCCGAGUUAACACUGGAAUGGCAGCGCAGUCACAAUCGUAUCCUCCUACAGGAUCUGAUGCAGCGUGACGAGUCAACAUUGCGUAUGGUGGCUAAUACAACACAAAUGAGCCUGCAGGAGUUGGUGCGAGGACCAAAUGUAGAGAUCCGACGGACUAUCAAGUCAGACCCAAGUUCUGUAAUCCCCAUUGGUGACUUUGACUUCGCAGAAAGAGAAAGGUCCUUUACUUUUUCAACCUAUUACACUCAACCAGAAGUGGUGACAGCGCUGACCGGGGUCCGAAGCGAGUGUAUGAAGGUUUUGGAGGGGAGUUUGUUUAACCUUCCGAAGGCCCGCCAGAUGCAGCUGUCAGAGUUUCAAAAGCUGCAGAGGGACCACAUGGCAGCAGUUGAAAAAUAUCUUAAAGGAGAAUGGACGGAAAACAUAUGUAACGUGAUUAGGAACAGCUUUGUUUCCGCGGGAAAGGGGUGGCUGAACGUGCACGAGUCAAAGCAGGAAAUAUAUGAGAUAUCGAAGUUGAAGAAGUUUUUUACGACUGUGAAGUUCAUGAUGGAAGACACGUUGUUUGACCUCGUUUACACUUCGUUGCAGGAUUUUACUGUCUUUUUUGAGGAGGUAUCAGAGUUUACAGUUAAUGUGAUAGACAUGAACAACGUGGAGAACAAGUGGCCUGGAAGUGAUGCCGAUGACUGUGUGGAGAAGCAACCGCUGUUUACCAUUAGGCUUGCCGAACAGGACGGGUCGUUUACCUACAGCAUUUCCUUCAAGGACUUUGAGGAAGCAAUCAUUGACCUCUUUUUUAGUGCCAUUCAGUGUACAGAUGCCAUUCCACAGGUGGAAAAGUUUGUGAUGUCGCAGUAUUUCUGGCGACGUGAAGGUGAAGGGCCGUUUUUAGACUCCGUGAAACAACAGGAAGAGCGAGUUUGUUUGUUACGAGACCGCGUGCGCCAUGCGCUGCAGAAUUCGAUGAAACCACUGAGGGACUACCUGCAGACUUAUGAUGAUCUGCUACCAUUGGUUCGUCUCGAUAAAAAGGUGUUCAUCACAGAGUAUGCUGCGCAGGAGCACACCAUGGAGGAGAUGAAGGAGGAGAUUCGCGCCCAUUUGAAGGCGAAGAAAGUAGUGGCACAGAAGCUCCCUGCCUUUAUUACAGUGGGCAAUUAUGUUGUGGACUGCCAGUCAUUCGGCCAGAUUAUGGCUAGCAAGGAGCAUGAACUCGCGAAGCUUGUGAUGAAUCUCAUAUGUAAGAUUGCCAAGACCAAGACAUCGUACAUCCGCGAGGAGUUCACCAAAAUUGUGCGAGUAGUGGAGAAACAACCCCAGACCCCUGAGAAGCUGUACGAGCUGAAAGCUAUAAUUGUCAACACACCUGAGCGCAUCUCCGAACUCUCUGCUGAAAUCGAGGAGAUGCGGCAGUACUAUAAUGUGCUUGAUGGUUUUCAGUAUGAGCUUAGUGACGAGGAAUCGCGGCAGAAGUGGGAGGCCAUCAGUUGGCCACGACAGCUGACACUGCGCAUACAAGAAACCAACAAGCAGCUAGAGAAAGUGGAGGAAGAACUCCAUGCCCGUCUCCAGAAAGAAGCCGAAGAGUUCAGCAAGAAGGUGGAUGCUCUGCAACGUGUUGUGGCGACAUUCUCCAAGUAUACCGACGCUACAGAGGCAGAGAAGGUUGCGGCAGAGGUGAAGGUGAACAGUAUUGAGAUCCGUAAGUGCAUUGAACAGGCCCGCUCGAUUAACAGUGAUCAGCGCCUCUUUGGCGAUAAGCUCACGGACUACCGUAGUGUGUUUGAGCUAGAAAAGGAGUUUAAGCCGUACAGUGAUUUGUGGCUAACCACUUACCAAUGGCAAGACUGUUAUCGCCGCUGGCACGCUGACCCAUUUGAUUCUCUGGACCAUGAAGAAAUUGAUACAGUGGUGACAAACGCCUUUAAGACGAUGACACAAUUGUCCAAGACGUUCAAGGAUAAGAAUGCAACGCUAAAGAUCGUGUCGGAGAUUCGGGGUAAGGUGGAAGCGUUUAAAAAAUGGGUCCCGAUUGUAACCUCUCUGCGCCAACCUGGCAUGAAGGAGCGCCACUGGAAGGGCCUUUCAGAAAAACUAAACUUGCCUCUCGUCCCAGGUGAAACGAUUUUGCUCAUGGAGGACCUUGAGCCUCUGCUUGGUUUUAAGGACGUUAUUGUUCCUCAUUGCGAGGUGGCGGCGAAGGAAGCACAAAUUGAGAAGGCGCUUAAGGACAUGCGGGCCAAAUGGGAGAGCAGGGUAUUUAUAAUUGAACCGUACAAGGAAAGCAAUACUUACAUAAUCAAAGAUUCGUCUGAGAUUGUUGAGUUGCUGGAUGAGCACCUCAACUUGACACAGCAACUGCAGUUUUCUCCCUUCAAGGCAUACUAUGCAGAGGCCAUCACCGAUUGGGAGCGCUCACUCAACCUUAUUUCCGAUAUCAUUGAGCAGUGGUUGGAGUGUCAGAGAGCUUGGCGUUACCUUGAGCCGAUCUUCAAUGCCAAGGAUAUUGCACUUCAAUUACCCCGUCUUACAAAGCUGUUCGAUCGCGUUGACAAGACAUGGCGUCGCGUCAUGGGAACUGUCCAUCAUCAACCCAACGUUCUGGAUUUCUGUAUCGGAACAAGCAAGUUACUGGAAAGUUUGCGAGAGUCUAAUCGCAUUCUUGAGGAGGUGCAGCGUGGGCUCAACGAUUACCUCGCAGAGAAGCGCCAGUCGUUCCCCCGCUUUUACUUCCUUUCGGAUGAAGAACUGCUGGAGAUCCUUUCGCAGUCCAAAGAGGUUCGACGCAUUGACGCUCACAUUAGUAAACUAUUUGAGUUCAUACAGCGCCUCUCGUGGACGGAAAACAACGAGAUCAAUGGGUUUUUCAGUGGUGAAGGAGAGCAUGUACCAAGCGUUAACGUGGUGUACCCCGAGGGUAACGUGGAGAUGUGGCUAGGUUCGGUUGAAACUAUGAUGAAGGAAGCUGUGGCUGAGCAACUACGUCAAUCCUUCUAUGCGUAUAGCAAUACCCCGCGUGCAAAGUGGGUUCUUGAAUGGGCGGCUCAGUGCGUCAUCGCCGUGUCACAAAUCUUCUGGACGAAUGGUUGUGAGGAGGGCUUGGUGGCUGAGAAAAGUGUGGAAAACUAUUUUCGGGUGCUUGAACAUCAACUAUUUGAGCUAGUUGAUGUUGUACAAUCACCCCUCAAUGCGCGGGAGCGCAUCAACAUGGGUGCCCUCAUCACCGUUGAGGUUCAUGCAAAAGACACAGUUGAGGCCAUGACGCGGCACAAGGUUGACUCGAUACAGUCCUUCGAGUGGAUCAAACAGUUACGCUUUUAUUUUGACACUGACGAUCGGAUGUGCCACAUCAAACAGGUAGACGCCCACUUUGUGUAUGGCGGUGAGUACCUUGGCAACACUGGACGGUUGGUUGUAACCCCACUCACUGACCGUAUCUACCUAACACUUACAGGAGCCUUGGCUCUGUGCCUUGGCGGUGCACCUGCAGGACCUGCGGGUACAGGUAAAACAGAAACGACCAAGGACUUAGCCAAGGCACUUGCUAAACAAUGUGUUGUGUUCAACUGUCAAGAAGGUAUGACCUGUCUGUCUAUGGCCAAAUUCUUCAAGGGACUUGCGUGGGCCGGUGCUUGGGCGUGCUUUGAUGAGUUUAACCGUAUUGACGUUGAGGUGCUUUCCGUUGUGGCCCAGCAGGUGACGGACCUGCAGCAGGCCUGCGUGACGAAACAGUACCGCAUCGUCUUUGAGGGGAGUGAAGUAGUUGUUGACCCCACUCACGCAGUGUUCAUCACCAUGAACCCCGGUUACGCUGGCCGUACCGAGCUCCCAGAUAACUUGAAGGUGCUAUUCCGUCCCGUUGCUUGCAUGGUUCCCGACUACGCCAUGAUUGGUGAGAUAAGGCUCUUUUCGUAUGGGUACAAGAAGGCUCGUAGUUUGGCGCAGAAAAUGGUUAUGACAUUCAAACUGAGUUCUGAGCAGCUGUCGUCUCAGGAUCACUAUGACUUUGGUAUGCGUGCGGUGAACACUGUCAUUUCGGCUGCAGGUCUAAACAAGCGGGAGAAUCCCAACGAAGAUGAAGAUUUGUUAUUGCUUCGUGCACUGCGUGAUUCCAAUGCGCCCAAAUUCCUCAGAGAUGACAUUAUAUUGUUUGAGGGUAUUAUCAGUGAUCUGUUCCCAGGCACGAAGCUCUCCCCCACUGAGUACGGCGUCGUUGUUGACUCCCUUCGUCAGGUUGUUACAAGCAGUCAACUUCAACCGGUCCCAGGCUUCAUAGAGAAAUGCCUGCAGUUAUACGAUGUCACAACCCUUCGGCAUGGUCUGAUGCUUGUGGGCCCUGCAGGUAGUGGCAAAACCAUGGCGUACACCUCGUUGCAAAAAGCUCUUUCAGGGUGCUCUGUAAUGCAGAGUAAGGGGCAGGAUGUAGGUGCUCGUGAUUACAUGAAGGUGUUCACGCACAUUUGCAAUCCAAAGGCUGUCACUAUGGAUCAGCUAUACGGUGCCUACGACGAAAAUGGUGAAUGGAAAGACGGUGUGCUCUGUGUUCUCUUCCGUCGGGCAGCCAAGUACGGUGAUGAAGGUAAUCAAAUAGGGAAACACUGGGUUAUGUUUGACGGUCCUGUGGAUGCUCUGUGGAUUGAGUCCAUGAAUACUGUCCUGGAUGAGAACAAGAAACUUUGUUUGGUAUCGGGUGAGAUCAUUCAAAUGAGUCGCGACAUGACGAUGAUGUUUGAGGUGGAGGAUCUUGCCGUUGCGUCGCCUGCCACGGUUUCUCGUUGUGGUAUGAUUUACAUGGAGCCAACAGCCUGCGUACCAACUCAAGCUCUCACGAAGUCGUGGAAGGAGAGACUCCCCAAAUAUGUGGCUCCGCAAGCGGAUUACCUCGAGCAACUUGUCGAAUUGUACGUUGAUGAGCUCAUCGAGUAUGUGCGUGCCAACCUUAGGGAGUACGUUCCGUCGACAAAUGUUAUUCUUGUGCAUUCAUUCUUUCGUAUGAUGGAUGGCUAUAUAGAGUCAUUUGGCGGUUUACCGGGGCAGCGCGGGCCACCAACCCUCAGUCCGGAGCGACUGGAGAUUAUGGCAAAGUGCAUCACGCCCCUGUUUUUCAUGGCGAUCACUUGGAGUAUCGGAGCAACCUGUGAUGAGGUGGGACGUGAGAAGUUUGCCGAUAUGCUUCGCGAAAUGGCAACGCGUAAUAAUCACGCCGACUCCCUGCCGGAAUCAGGAAGUGUGUACGACUACUGCUUUGUGUACUACCCGUCGCCAGAUGAUGAUGAAGAGGCCCGAUGGACACACUGGGAUGAACUGCGUGCGACGUGUGAUAUUGCUCGCACGACAAAGUUCGAAGACGUAUUGGUACCGACGAUUGAUAACACCCGCCAGAAGUAUGUGCUGACACAUCUGUUGGAACGGAAGGUCAACGUGGUCGCUGUGGGCCCCACAGGCACGGGUAAGAGUGUGGCGGCUGGCGGUUUGGUAAUGAACGGUAUAUCCGAUCGCUUGCUUGGCCUUGCCUUCUCUUUCACACCACAGACAAAAGCGGGCGUGUUGCAGGACUCUCUCAUGUCAAAGUUUGAUAAACGCCGUUCGCAUGUCUAUGGUGCUCCGGUUGGCAAACACUUCCUUGUGUUUAUUGAUGACGCUAAUCUUCCACAAAAGGAGCGCUAUGGUGCUCAACCACCACUGGAAUUACUUCGACAACUCCUUGGUCAUGGAGGUUUGUACUCAUUUGUUGGUGGUAUCAAGUGGAACUUGGUUAUCGACACCUCUUUUGUUAUGGCCAUGGGGCCACCCGGAGGAAGUCGCACACAGGUGUCUAACCGUCUCAUGAGGUACUUCAACUAUGUUUCAUUUCCCGAGAUGUCGGAGGCAUCCAAACGUACCAUCCUUAAUACAAUUCUUAAGGGGGGUUUGCACCAACGAGGUGUCAAAGAGGAGGUUGUUGAUUUCAUAACAAACCUUGUUGAUGGGACUCUGAAUGUUUUCAAACGCUGCCGCAAAGCUUUUGUUCCAACUCCAUCGCACGUACAUUACUCGUUCAACAUGCGGGACGUCAUGCGUGUGUUUCCCAUGAUUUACAUCAACGACACUAACAGUCUUCCAAACAGAGACGUUCUCCUGAAGCAGUGGGUGCACGAAAUGCAGCGCGUCUUUUGCGACAGACUCAUAUGUAACGAGGAUAGAGAGGAGUUCCUUUCUUUCAUUGAUGAUGAGAUAAUACAGAUUGGUUAUGAAGGUGGUUACAAGUCGUUGCUACCUGACGGCAGGCUUAUUUUCGGUGACUUCAUGUCCACGGGGGAACGUAGUUAUCAGCAGAUUACGGACAUGGAUGCACUAGCGGCUUUUUUUAAUGAACAGCUCCUGGCUUACAACAAUGCGAAUGAAAAUCCUAUGGGCUUGGUGCUGUUCCUUGAUGCCAUUGAGCACGUUUGUCGUAUUACACGUGUUUUGAGCAUGCCAAAUGGUCACUGCCUUUUACUAGGAAUUGGUGGGUCAGGUCGAAAGUCUCUAACCCGCUUGGCGUGCUUCCUCAUUCCUGAGAUGGACGUUUUCACUAUUGAGUUCACAAAGAACUUUGGUGUGAAGGAAUGGCGGGAGGCGUUAGCUCGUUUACUGUUGGAUUGCGGAAAGGACGGAAAGAAGCGCACGUUCCUAUUCUCUGACACGCAAAUCAUUAACCAGACUCUCAUGGAGGACGUUGCGGCGCUGCUGACCGCUGGCGAUGUACCCAACCUUUUUGAGGACCAAGACAUAGAAAUAAUCAAUGAAAGGUUCAAAGGAGUAUGUAUGAGCGAGAAUCUGCCCACGACGAAGGUUUCUAUGUACGCACGGUUCAUCAAAGAAGUGCGUUCUAACCUCCAUAUAGUCUUAGCGUUCUCACCUAUCGGUGAAGUCUUUCGAACACGACUGCGUAUGUUUCCCGCGCUCAUUACUUGUUGUACUAUUGAUUGGUUUGCUGAAUGGCCUGGUGAGGCCCUGCUUUCCGUGGCAAGAGCGCAACUGCAAAGCGCAAAGGGGGAUUUGGGUGAUGAUGAGGGGGACAGACUCUCCAGGUGCUUUAAAUCGCUGCAUUUAUCUGCUGCGGAAACAACGGAGAGGUUCUUUGUUGAAACCCAUCGACGUUCUUACAUUACGCCCACGUCUUACCUGUCUCUGCUGAACACGUAUAUUUCCCUCGUGGAAUCCAAACGUAAGUUCGGGCGUGAGCAGGCCAGCCGUCUCGAAAACGGAUUGGAAAAGUUGUAUGAUACCGAGGUUCGCGUCGUCGAGCUUGAGGGGCAGUUGAAGGCGCAACAGCCAGUGUUGGAGAUGAAGAAGUUGGAGAUCAGAGGCAUCAUGGAGAAGCUCCGCGUAGACCGCAAAGAUGCAGCAGAAAAGGAGGCCUCAGCACGUACAGAGGAGGUGGCCGCGACGACAAAGGCAGAGGAAUGCGCUAGAAUGCGCCGUGAGUGCGCUAGCCGCCUCGCUGAAGCUGAACCCGCACUUCAAGAGGCUGUUAAAGUUCUGUCAAAGAUCAAGGCCGCGGAAAUAUCUGAAUUGAACAAGUACCAGAACCCACCGAAGGGUGUGCAGUAUGUUAUGGAGGCCGUUGCACUCCUGCUAACGUUUGGCAACUGCCCCAAGGAAUUCUAUAGCGGCCCUCCCGGGGGGAAGAAAACGCCAGAUUGGUGGUUGUGUGCCAAGUCGUACAUGAAGAACGCCAACCAACUUCUUGAUACACUGGUACAACCCCCUGGUAAGGGAGGGUUUGACCGAGAGGCGAUGGACAUGCCUCUCAUUGAAAAGGUGCGUACAUACUAUGAAAAUGAUGAGUUUCAACCAGAGAAGGUGAAGAGUGUUUCUGUACCUUGUAUGGCUAUGUGUCAGUGGGUGCGUGCAAUGUACAAAUGGUUUUUUGUAAACCGUGAGAUUCAACCACUGCGCGAACGACUUGCGGAUGCCGAGAGGGAAUUGAAGCGUGUCAAUCGAGCCCUCGCCGAAACCCGUAGGAAACUUGAUGCUGUCGUAGAAGCGGUCGCAAAACUUGAGAAGGAAUUUGAGGAUGCCAUGGCCACCCAAACGGCAUUGGAAAAUGAGGUUGAGCAGACAAGUGAGAAACUACAGCGUGCUGCCCGCCUUAUUGCCGGACUUGGGGGUGAGAAAGUCCGAUGGAAAGAGCUUGUGGAACAGUAUAAAGUGAAAGACACUUGUGUUUCGGGAGAUAUGGUGAUAGCUGCUGCAUCGAUCGCCUACUUCGGCCCCCUUACUGGUCCGUACCGCAAACAUCUUCUGCAAACAUGGUCUGCCUCGCUUGCGGAGUUGGGUAUCAAAACUAGCGAGAACAGCGAUUUGUUAUCAACCACAGGUGACGCAGUUCAAAUACACGAUUGGCAGCUUUGUGGCCUGCCAAAGGACCCACUGUCGACAGAGAAUGCGAUCAUUUUGUCAAAUGCGCGGACGUGGCCACUACUGAUUGACCCUCAAGGACAGGCAAACUCGUGGAUCCGGAACUUGCACAAGGAUGACAAUUUGCAAGUAUGCAAGGCAUCGGACGACAAAUUCAUGAAGACGGUGGAGGGCGCUAUCCGGCUAGGUCUUCCAUGCCUGUUGGAGAAUGUUGGUGAGUCUCUUGACCCAGCAUUGGAGCCAGUUCUUCACCGCAACGUGUUUCUUAUCGGUUGCACUCCGCACAUACGUGUCGGCGAUUCGGCUAUUCCAUACAACGAGAAAUUCAGGUUAUACAUGACAACGAAGCUGCCUAAUCCAUCAUACACUCCGGAAACCAUCGUCAUCGUGUCUCUUCUGAACUUCUUCAUUACGCGAAGUGGACUGGAGGAUCAGAUAUUGGCAAGAACAGUGGAGAAAGAGCGGAACGAUUUGGAGCAGGAGAAGCAAAGGUUAACCCGAGAUUGUGCGGAGAAAAACAGAGAGCUAAAAGAGUUGCAGGAGAACAUUCUACGCAUGCUAGAGGAGGCGGAGGGAGAUAUUCUUGAUCAGGAAGAGCUUAUCGACGCUCUCGAAAAGAGUAAGCUAAAAUCCACUGAAAUUAGCGAAGAUCUUGUACGUGCCAGAGCGACGGAGGUCACCAUUGAUGAGACGCGUAAUAAGUACCGUCCACACGCCUACCGGGGUGCACUGCUCUUCUUCUGUGUCUCAGAACUUUCCACUGUGGACCCGAUGUAUCAGUUCUCGCUCCAGUGGUACAUAAACUUAGUCUUACUCGCAAUUGAGAACACAGAGGCGGCGGUAGAUAUUGAAGAGCGCGUUGAAAAACUCAUUGAGUUCUUCACGUACUCUUUCUACACAAAUGUCUGCCGUUCCCUGUUUGAACGCCACAAGCUUACCUUUUCUUUUUUUCUGUGUACCUCAAUUCUGCAGCAGCAGGACGAACUUGACGGCAACGAAUAUCAUUAUUUGCUGACUGGUCCAACCGGAAGCGGCGGGGAGGAACCGAAUCCUGCUCCAGAUUGGUUAACAGAGAAUUCAUGGAAUGAAAUACAGUUCGUUUCGUCAAAUCUCCCCAACUUUGCAGGUUUCGCUGAACACGUAACCCAAUGUAUUAACUACUACAAGGAACUCUUUGACAGCCUUAAUGCCCACACGUACCCGCUUGCGGCGGAGUGGCAGGGACGGGAGACUCCCUUGCAGCGUCUUGUUGUCGUCCGAUGCUUCCGAAGGGACAAGGUGGCGUCUGCUAUUCAGGAAUUCGUUAAGCACUAUAUGGGUGAGCGAUUUAUUAUUGUCCCACAGUUUGACCUCAUGGAUGCAUACAAGGAUAGUACGUGUCUUACACCACUUAUCUUUAUUAUCUCACCAGGUUCUGAUCCUAUGAAUGAUCUUUUGCGCUUUGCUGAGCAUAUGCGCAUGUCGAAGAAGUUGGACAAGGUGUCCCUUGGUCAGGGUCAGGGGAGGAAGGCGGAGGAGUUGCUCAGCAAUGGUCGAGAGCGUGGUCAGUGGGUGCUGCUUCAGAACUGCCACUUGGCAACGUCGUGGAUGCCGACGCUGGAGGCUAUUGUGGAGAGUUUUACUUUGGAAACUGUGCGAAAGGAGUUUCGGUUGUGGCUCACUUCAAUGCCCUCUGAUUCUUUCCCCGUAGCUGUGCUGCAGAUAUCUGUCAAGAUGACGAAUGAACCACCCAUGGGUCUUCGUGCUAACGUGACACGGUCGUACUAUGGGCUAACUGAUGAUGAUCUUGAACACCCAACGAAACCCAACCAGUUUAAGAAGAUGGUUUUUGCAUUCUGCCUAUUCCAUGCCGUCAUUCAGGAGCGUCGCAAGUUUGGUUCUUUGGGAUUUAACAUAGCUUACGAGUUCAACGACUCUGAUCGUAAUGUGUGUCUUCUCCAGCUGCGUAAAUUCAUAUCGCUCUAUGAGGAUGUGCCUUUCGAUGUCCUCACUUUCCUUACUGGUGAGAUUAAUUACGGAGGGCGUGUCACGGAUGAUUGGGAUAGACGCUGCAUGAUGGCUCUUAUUAAGGACUUCAUUACUCCAGGAGUUUUAGAAGAAGGUUAUUCUUUCUCUCCAUCCGGUACAUAUCACACGGUAGAGGCGUGCUCUCGGGCCUUCUAUCUCGAUUACCUCGGCACGUGGCCGCUUAAUCCCGAACCCGAGGUGUUUGGACUAAGUGACAAUGCGGAUAUUACAUGUGCCCAAAGCGAGAGUGCGAGCAUAUUGGCUACCAUUCUCUCACUUGUCUCGCGUGAAAGCUCGGGAUCGUCACAUCAGAGCCGCGAAGAGAUGCUGAUUAAAACGGCUCAGCACAUCAUGGAGAAGCUGCCUCCGACGUUUAACGUGCAGGAAUUCCACGCUAAGUAUCCUACAAAGUACGAAGAAUCGAUGAACACAGUCCUUGUGCAAGAAGCCGUGCGAUACAAUCGCCUCCUUCGCUUUGUUCAGAAGUCUCUUUCAGAGUUUUCUAAGGCUGUUCGUGGUGAGGUAGACAUGUCAGCCGAGUUGGAAGCUGUUGGUUCAAGUUUCUUCAUUAACGCCGUUCCUGCAUCGUGGGCUGCGCUGGCGUAUCCUUCUUUGAAGCCUCUUUCGAGUUGGGUUGAGGACCUUCUGAGGCGCGUGCAAUUCGUGCAGUCAUGGUACGAUAAGGGUAUGCCGAAUGCCCUAUGGAUGGGUGGGUUCUUCUUCCCUCAAGCAUUCCUCACUGGAACCCUCCAAAACUAUGCGCGGCGCAAGGAUGUCGCAAUCGACUCUGUUUCUUUCAACUUUUCCUUCUUGCAAGACGAGACACCGACGACUGUUGCGGCACCAGAGCAGGGCGCCAUUGUGUACGGUUUGUACCUGGAGGGCGCUCGGUGGGACGGGGCAGGGCGCACACUCGCGGAGUCCCGACCGAAGGAACUUUAUGUAGACGUCCCGCUGCUGCAUUUAGAUCCCGUGGUAGAUCGCGUUGCUGAUCCAAACGAUUACAUUUGUCCAGUGUACAAAACUCUCACCCGCGCGGGAACGCUUAGCACAACGGGUCACUCGACAAACUUUGUGUUGUCUAUUACUAUCCCAACUGUUGCGCCCCCCGAGCACUGGAUUAAGCGUGGUGUGGCUUGUGUGAUUUCCCUCAAUUUUUAA